AUGCAGUCUGGACGCCGGGGGCGCUUGUCCAUUGCAGGGCCAAGCAACCAACCCCAAGAUACCGUUACCAACAGCCCCUCCAUAUCUGGUGAUCUUCGGCUGCUCCACACAAUAGACUGUGGAGAUCAGCUACUCUGCUGCCAGUUCAAUAACGAUGGGACCAGGGUUGCAGCAGGAUUGCGUACUGGAGCCAUUAAGGUUUAUUCUGUCAAUGAUGGGUCACUUCAUCAUAUUCUUGCUGAUAAUGACACAACAUCCCUAGGACUUCCCACCACCUCAAUGCACUUUAUGCCCCGUGGACCUGCCCACAAUGGAGAUGUCUUACUUACCACCUAUUCUGGCGGGAAAGUAAAGCUAUGGCACAUUUCUACUCACACCUGCAUACGCACCAUCACAGAAGACCGCCAAACCCUCGCAGCCUGUUUCAAUCCUUCUGGCUCCAGGUUUCUCACAGGUGGAGCAGGACCUGGAAUUUACAUGUAUGAUGCUCAGACCUGGGAUAAAGUGCAAAAUUUUCUGCCCAGUGAUUCCCCAACUGUGAUGGAUGGACAUAUGUCCCGAGUCUAUGCUUUGGUCUUCUUCCCAGAAAAUAAUGAACGCUUCAUUUCUGGAGGAUGGGAUGACACAGUGCAGUUUUGGAGCACACAAUUUCCACAUUCGCAAAAGCGUAUCUCUGGGCCCCACAUCUGUGGGGAUGCUCUGUCAAUAGACAAAACGGGCUCACAAAUUUUGACGGGAUCCUGGAGGCGGCAUAACACCUUGCAGAUUUGGGAUGCUGAAACAUGUGGCAAGAUAAUGGACAUUCCAGAAGAUUUUCGGGGUCACUCACAGUUAUAUACUUGCCACUUCCUUGGCACUGACUACAUCAUAGCUGGUGGGAGCCGGAACAACUUGUGUCGACUUAUUGACAGAAGAAUUCUCAUGAGCACAGGGGCACUUAAUGACCUGCCUGGAGGUGUUUAUAGUACUCACAUCAGCAGCCGUGGAGUACUAGCUGCAACUUCCAACAACUUCCUGUAUCUUGCACAGACUCCAACAAAACCUUGA